AUGGCGUCAAGAAAAAACCUUUCAGAAAAUGAAAUUCAAAACCUCCUUCUGGACGUUCGUGAUGAAGAUGAAGUGUUUCUUGGGGAUGAAUUAGAAGAUGAACUGGAUGAAAUUAUUCCCGAUUUUCGCGAUGAACAGGUUCCUGUCGAAGAGUUUGGCUCUAACCAUGAAACAGAUCUUGAAAGUUCGGAAGAAGAAGUUGAAGAGGAUAUUGUCCAGGUUAGAAUCACAAAUUCUCCAGUAAUAGUUCUUACAGUACCCGAAGUUUUGCGAGAAAUAUUAGAUAAAAAUACGGGCAUCAACUAUUUUCGGUCUACUAUGAGUGAAAAAAGAUUCGAAUUUUUGACAAAUUGUCUUCGAUUUGAUGAUCGUUCGACCAGAGCUGAAAGAAGACAACAUAGUAAAUUGGCACCAAUAAAAGAACUGUUUGAUCACAUUGUUGAAACUUCAAAAAGUCUUUAUUCACCUUCAGAUUGCACAACGAUUGACGAGCAAUUACUUGGGUUUCGCGGUAGAUGCCCAUUCCGUAUGUAUAUUCCAUCAAAACCCGAUAAAUAUGGAAUAAAACUGUUAAUGUUUUGUGAUGCAAAAUCUUAUUACAUGAUAAAUAGUAUAACAUACACUGGAAAAGAUUCUACACCACGUGAAUUACCAGUGGCUGAGUAUUACGCAUUAGAGCUUUCAACUUCUAUUCAUGGGUCUAAUAGAAAUAUCACGCACGAUAACUUGUUUACUUCAAUCCCUGCUGCCGAAAAACUCUUAACCAAAAAUGUUACAACAGUUGGAACAAUGAAAAGAAACAAAACAGAAAUCCCUACUCAUUUUUUGGAAACCAAAAACCGCCUCAAGAACACAUCAAUGUUUGCUGUUCAUGACGAACUUACUUUGUUAUCAUAUGUGCCUCCAAAGCUAAGUAAAGGAAAAAAGAAAAACGUGAUUAUGCUUUCUACUAUGCACUAUCAACCAGACGAAGACAAAUCUGUUGAUUUACCAGAAAUAAUAAGUUUUCAUAAUCAAACGAAAGGAGGAGUGGACACUUUUUAUCAGCUUUGUCAUACAUACAGUAUUUCUCGCAAAACUUGUCGCUGGAGCCUUUGUGUAUUCUACGGAAUUUUGAACAUUGUGGGAAUUAACUCCAUGAUAUUACUGCAUUCAUCAAAAGCCAAUGGGAGCAGUCAACCUCCUGGUGCAAAGUAUUCAGGUGCCUAG